ACGCCGUUUCCCCGGAGCCACCUUAACCGGGCAGGGGGCGCGCGCGCCCCGGUAGCGGAAGCGAGCCGGGGCCCGCGGGGCGAGGGCGAGUGGUGACGUUUCCCUGGUCGGCGGGUAGCGGCGGCGGUUGGCGUUUCGCGGUUGCCAGCGGCGGCUGCGGGCAGCGCUGGGCGGCCUCGCCGCGGCGGGCUGAGCUGGGCUCCGCCCGCAGGCCCCGCGCCGCGCUGCCGAUUCUUCUGAGUUCUACUUGAAGCCGCCAAAAUGGUUCUAGCAGAUCUUGGAAGAAAAAUAACUUCAGCGCUACGCUCGCUGAGCAAUGCUACAAUUAUCAAUGAAGAGGUUUUAAAUGCUAUGUUAAAAGAAGUAUGUACAGCAUUACUGGAAGCUGAUGUUAAUAUUAAACUUGUGAAGCAACUCAGAGAAAAUGUCAAGUCUGCAAUUGAUCUUGAAGAAAUGGCAUCUGGCCUUAACAAAAGAAAAAUGAUUCAGCAUGCUGUCUUUAAGGAACUUGUUAAGCUUGUAGAUCCUGGAGUCAAAGCAUGGACACCUACCAAAGGAAAACAGAAUAUUAUAAUGUUUGUUGGUUUGCAAGGAAGUGGUAAAACAACAACCUGUUCAAAGUUAGCAUACUUCUAUCAGAGGAAAGGUUGGAAGACAUGUUUAAUAUGUGCAGACACAUACAGAGCAGGUGCUUUUGACCAGUUAAAGCAGAACGCCACAAAAGCAAGAAUUCCCUUUUAUGGGAGUUAUACAGAAAUGGAUCCUGUAAUUAUUGCCUCAGAAGGUGUUGAGAAAUUUAAGAAUGAAAACUUUGAAAUAAUCAUUGUUGAUACAAGUGGACGUCACAAACAGGAAGACUCUUUGUUUGAAGAAAUGUUACAAGUUGCUAAUGCCAUACAACCAGAUAACAUUGUUUAUGUGAUGGAUGCUUCCAUUGGCCAAGCUUGUGAAGCUCAAGCUAAAGCUUUCAAAGAUAAAGUAGAUGUAGCUUCUGUUAUUGUUACUAAGCUUGAUGGACAUGCAAAAGGAGGUGGAGCUCUUAGUGCAGUUGCUGCCACAAAGAGUCCUAUUAUUUUUAUUGGAACUGGCGAACACAUAGAUGACUUUGAACCCUUUAAAACACAGCCUUUCAUCAGCAAACUUCUUGGUAUGGGUGAUAUUGAAGGAUUGAUAGAUAAAGUAAAUGAGUUAAAGUUGGAUGAUAAUGAAGCACUCAUAGAAAAGCUCAAACAUGGUCAAUUUACUUUAAGAGAUAUGUAUGAACAAUUCCAAAACAUCAUGAAAAUGGGACCAUUCAGUCAGAUCUUGGGUAUGAUCCCUGGUUUUGGAACUGACUUCAUGAGUAAAGGCAAUGAACAGGAAUCAAUGGCAAGGCUAAAGAAACUGAUGACUAUAAUGGACAGUAUGAAUGACCAAGAACUUGACAGUACAGAUGGUGCCAAAGUUUUCAGUAAGCAGCCAGGAAGAAUCCAAAGAGUAGCAAGAGGUUCAGGUGUUUCUACCAGAGAUGUUCAGGAGCUUUUGACCCAAUACACUAAGUUUGCACAGAUGGUGAAAAAGAUGGGAGGCAUCAAAGGGCUUUUCAAAGGUGGUGAUAUGUCAAAGAAUGUAAACCCAUCUCAGUUGGCCAAACUGAACCAGCAGAUGGCAAAGAUGAUGGAUCCAAGAGUUCUUCAUCAUAUGGUGUGUGAUUUCCUUGGGGAAAAGAUUGCAUCUGUUCUGGGGAUAAGCACACCAAAAUACCAAUAUGCCAUUGAUGAGUAUUACAGAAUGAAGAGAGAGGAGGAAGAGGAGGAACAGGAAAACAAGAUGUCAGAAGCAGCAGAAAGACAGCAUCGGGAACAGCAGAACAAGCCACAAGCUGAAGCUCCUGUCCAGACAGACCAGCCUGAAGCAACAGCAUGCACUUCAUUUGUGAAUGUAAACUUUGAAAAUGAGGGAGAUUGCCAGUCCAUUGGGGAAAAUAAACAAGAUGUAGUCCCCGUCCCUCCUUAAGUGUAAAGCUCUGUAUAAUGUAGGAAAUAGGAAGUGUCAGGUGUCACAAUCUGGCUAUAAGAAGCAGGAAAAAUAGGAUUAUACUUGUUCAGUGAAAUACAACUUCUAGAAUUCUUAUUGAUCAGGAGAGAGCUAGGCACUGUCUGUUCAGUCUGUCUGCCUAAUAAAGGCUGAGGCAUUCUGCCAAAUUGGCACUUCAGUUAAAAUGAAAAUUGCACUACAAACAUUGGUCUAAAAUGGAAUGUGUGAGCUAAUUUCUGUGUAGAGCAAGUAAAAAUGUCUCUUCUUUGAAUUGCUGUGUCUCUAACACCUGUGGAUUACAGAUGCAGUGCUGUUUCCUACUUCUAAAUGCCUAUUUCUGAUUUGCACAUUGUUUGCAACUCGGCUCUCUAUGAAUAGAUUAAUAGGAAUCAAUAUCCUGUAACUCACAAGUCAUUAUAAUAGCAUCUGAUUUCCCCUAUUUAUUGUCACUAUUGUAUGCAUGUUUUUUUUUCUGUUGUUUAAAACAAGAGAUAGUUAGAUUUAAUGUUAAUUAGAUUUAAGGGUCCACUGACUUUUUAUUAAAAAAAAAAAAACAACAAAACUUUAAAGGAGGCUGUAAACACCCUUAACUUAUUAACAAGUACCAGCACUCUUGGAGGCUAAUAGUGCUCAGCUGCUCCAUUCAGUGCUGUAGCAAAGUACAGAACUAGCAACAGUGUAAGAUGUUCUCGGAGUACUCCAAGUCCAAGAAUUAACAGACCCACCUGCCUGAAUACUUUACAUGCUUUUAAUGGUCCUGGGAAAUAAACUCAAGUCUUGCUAAAUUAUACUGAAUGCACUGGACACUGUUGUGGUACCAAUCUAGAACUAUGAAAACUUUUUUGGACAUAGAUUACCUGAGUCAGUGUACUUGAUUAACCUAAACAGACUAUUUAUUUAAUGUUAAAUUACCAGUAAGGGAUGUGCCAUUGCAGAUGUUUCUCCCCGCUUUAGCACAGAAUACAUAAAUAACUAUAAAUCACAAAACCAAACUUAGGAUUCUUCCUUUUUCUUAAAUAAACAAAACACUUUGCUGCAAUACUGCAACAACAGUAAUUUUUAUUUUUGCUUAAGUAAGUGAAAUGCAGGUAGCUCCACAGCUUUUAAAGUAGCCUCAAAUAACAGUUAAGGCUAUUUUACCGCAAUGACUGUCAUUCUACUUGUAGCUUGUAAAAGGUGAAUGGUUUACUUUAUGACAAUCAGAUGUUAGUGCCCCAGUCACUUUCUACAGAGAAUCGUUCUAGAUAAAGGAGCAGAGAAUGUGCACUAGUUACCAUGUGAAACAUUACUUCUGUCCUUGAGAUUUCUAAGUAAAAUUUAAAAAAUAGUCUUCAGUGAAAUUUUGUGUUGGGUAUCAUCAGAUGUCCCUGGCCUUGGUCCCACUACCAACUAAGGAGCCUGAUGUAACUAACAUUAGAGGCCCAGUAACUUGGCUAUUAGUUUCCAGAGAUCAGUUAUGUUUUUCAGACAACCCUCUGCCUGAACUAGUGUCCUGUAGAGCACAAACUCCUUCUCCUCUCAUCCGUCCUUAGCAUUCCAGCACUACGCUAAAUCUUCUGAGGAGGAUUCAGUCAUCAGCUCUAUUCCAUCUGUUUUGAUACUCUGUUCUUUGUCUCUUUUUGAAUUGUAAGACAGGGUGCUGACAGCUGUGUAAAAUCAUUCCUUAGCCCUGAACAUCUGUAUGGGAGAGCUUGGUUCAACCCCUGGGGGAUACACAGAAAAACAGCUUGUUGGGAGUUCUUAUACUGUCAAAGACAGAAAGCUUCACACACCUCAAGAGUAAAACCUUCACAGCUGAAAGAUGCUUUGCUUUUCUGUCAAGAAAUUAAUGUCAGUUGUGUUGUUUUUUCCCCCCUCUCCCUACUAUCUGUUGCAUCAGAAAUGCUCUCACUGCCUUGGGUUUAAACUUCUUUGUAUGAAAUACUGUAUUACUCACUGUGCCUUAACUUAAUCCUUCCUUUUGCAAACUAUAUGAAAGUGGUUACUUUCAUAAUAGUUUAAUUUUUCUGUAAAUGCAUUAAUUGGUUAUUUUAUAUUUAAUAUAAUUUUUGAACUGGAA